ACUAAUUAAUUUACAAACUUUAUUUCAGGUCACCAAAUCAAACAGCUUAUUCAAAAUCAAUCACGCCAAGAAACACUAGCAAGCUCAUGCACACAUAUUCCACAUAACUAACAUUCAUACAUAAAUAACUCAUGACCAUAAACAUCAUUAUUUCUAUUACUUCUUAUUACAAACUCAUUAACCAAAUCAUGCAUUUCAACAUUCCUUUUCAUUCCAACACCAUGUCCAAACCAAACAAUCUCAACCUCUCCUCCUCCUCCUCUUUCGCCGCCGCGACUGCCUCAAACUUCAACUUCAAUUCCCUUACUCUCUUCCUUUUACAAGACAUCCAAAUUCUAGAGAUUCUCAUAGCAAUUACUGUCUUCAUAAUCAUUCAUUCUCUUAGACAAAAAAAAUAUCAUGGCCUGCCCAUUUGGCCUUUUCUUGGUAUGUUACCUUCUUUACUCAUUGGACUCAGAACAAAUUUAUAUGAAUGGAUUUCAGACACCCUCAAAACACAAAAUGGUACCUUUAGAUUCAAAGGGCCAUUGUUUAGCAGCCUCAACUGCAUAGUCACUUCCGAUCCUCGAAACGUCGAACACCUUCUCAAAACCAAAUUCAUUCUCUUCCCUAAAGGAACUUACUUCAGAAACACAGUUCAAGACUUACUUGGUGAUGGUAUAUUCAAUGCAGAUGAUGAAAAAUGGCAAAAGCAAAGAAAAACAGCAAGCAUUGAGUUUCAUUCAACAAAGUUCAGGAAACUAACUACUGAGUCUUUAUUUGAACUUGUUCAUAAAAGACUCUUACUUGUUCUGCAAGAAUCAGUUGAAAAUUCUGUUUCUAUUGACCUUCAAGACAUUCUUUUGAGACUAACUUUUGAUAAUGUUUGUAUGAUAGCUUUUGGGGUUGAUCCUGGUUGUUUGAGAAAAGGAAUUUCUCAGAUACCAUUUGCAAAAGCAUUUGAAGAUGCAACAGAAGCAACAAUGAUUCGUUUCGUUACACCGACAUGUGUGUGGAAGGUUAUGAAGCUUCUUAACUUAGGUGUAGAAAGAAAACUCAAGAAAUCAAUAAAAGGGGUUGAUGAGUUUGCUGAGAAUGUUAUCAAGACAAGAAAAAAGGAACUGUCUUUGGAGUUUGAGGAAAAUAAUGUUCAAAGGUCAGAUUUAUUAACUGUUUUUAUGAGGAUGAAAGAUGAGAAUGGUAACUGUUAUUCAGAUAAGUUUUUGAGGGAUAUAUGUGUGAAUUUUAUAUUGGCUGGGAGGGAUACUUCUUCUGUGGCUUUGAGUUGGUUUUUUUGGUUGAUUAAUAAGAAUCCUGAAGUUGAAGAGAAGAUAGUGGAAGAGAUAUGCAGGGUUGUGAGUCACAGGAAUGAUGUGAAGAAAGAUGAUUUUGGAAAUUGUUUAAAGUUUAUGCCUGAUGAGAUUAAAAAAAUGGAUUAUUUGCAUGCUUGUUUGUCUGAAACUCUCAGAUUAUACCCUUCUGUUCCUGUGGAUCAUAAGGAGGUAGUUGAGGAUGUUACAUUCCCAGAUGGAACAAAGCUAAAGAAAGGUACAAAAGUGAUUUAUGCAAUUUAUGCAAUGGGGAGAAUGGAAAGCAUAUGGGGAAAAGAUUGCAAGGAAUUUAAGCCAGAAAGAUGGUUAAAAGAUGGACACUUUAUGAGUGAAUCUGCAUACAAAUUCACUGCAUUUAAUGGUGGACCUCGUUUAUGCUUAGGCAAAGAUUUUGCAUAUUAUCAAAUGAAAUAUGUUGCUGCUAGCAUCAUAUAUAGAUACCAUGUCAAAGUGGUAGAAAAUCACCCUGUGGAGCCAAAGAUUGCCUUGACUAUGUACAUGAAGCAUGGAAUCAAAGUUAAUCUUUAUAAGAGGGGUGCUCAAGAAAUUCAAAAACACUUGGAUUUGAUCAUUGGUUAAAAUUAAUUAAUAAUGUUGAUAAUGACUAGUGAUGCUAUUCUAAUUUUGUUUAAUUUUUUGUUGUUGCCUUAUUUGUGUCUUGUUUGGAGCAUAAAGGUAUUUAUUAUUAAAGAUAUUAGCAGCAUGUUGUUACUAGAAUGUAUAUACAGGAUUGGGUGAGUAGUAUAACACUUGGAAUUAAAGUCUAAAUAAGGAUAUUCAGUAUUUUGUUUUGAUUGUUGAUUGAAUAUAUGAGAAUGAGAUUUAUUGACAUAAA